AUGGCUACAAUUGGGGAUAUUGGGGUAGCAGCAGCUUUUAAUAUCAUUAGUGCUCUCAUUUUUCUUAUAGCGUUUGCUAUCCUUCGGCUUCAACCCGUGAACGAUCGGGUAUACUUUGCUAAAUGGUAUAUAAAAGGUUUAAGGACGAGCCCUACAGCCUCGGGGACAUUUGUAAGGAAGUUUGUCAAUUUGGAUUAUCGGUCAUAUAUAAAGUUUCUUAAUUGGGUGCCGGAUGCACUGACAAUGCCGGAAGCUGAACUCAUCGAUCAUGCUGGUUUGGAUUCGGCUGUGUAUUUGCGGAUUUACUUGCUAGGGUUGAAAAUAUUUGUUCCCAUAUUCUUCCUUACGUGGGCUAUUCUGAUUCCUGUUAAUUGGACAAACAACACGUUGGAGCACUCUACGGAAACUUAUAGCGAAGUUGACAAGCUUUCUAUAUCAAACAUUCCACACAAAUCUCCAAGGUUUUGGGCUCAUGUAGCAAUGGCGUAUGUUGUUACAAUUUGGACAUGCUUCAUGUUGAAGAAAGAGUACGAGACAAUUGCAAAUAUGCGGUUUUACUUUCUUCAAUCGGAAAAGCAUCGCCCCGAUCAAUUUACCGUUCUUGUGAAGAACGUCCCACCCGAUGCUCACGAGUCGGUUAGCGAGAUGGUUCAACACUUCUUUUUAGUGAACCACCACGAUAACUAUCUAACUCAUCAGGUCGUUUGUAACGCAAACAAGCUCGCAAAACUCGUUAAGACGAAACAGAAGAAGCAAAACUGGCUUGAUUACUACCAGAUUAAGUAUACGAAAGAUCCAUCAAAACGACCUAUGAUGAAGACUGGUUUUCACGGGCUUUGGGGAGCGAAAGUUGAUGCUAUCGAGCAUCAUGAAACCGAAAUUGAGAAACUUUCGAACCAAAUAGCCGAAGAGAGAAAAAACGUGAUGAAUAACCCGAAAGCCAUCAUGCCCGCGGCAUUCGUCUCGUUCAAAACUCGUUGGGGAGCCGCUGUUUGUGCUCAAACACAACAAGCUAGAAACCCGACGCUGUGGUUGACCGAGUGGGCCCCUGAGCCACGAGACGUAUAUUGGAAAAACCUCGCUAUUCCUCACGUCUCGCUAAUUAUUCGAAAGGUUACAAUGGGAGUAGCGUUCUUUUUCCUCACGUUCUUUUUCAUGAUUCCCAUUACGUUUGUGCAAUCGCUUGCAAACAUUGAAGGUAUCGAGAAGGUCGCACCCUUCCUUAAGCCUAUAAUCCAUAUAAAGCCAAUCAAGUCGUUCAUCCAAGGUUUUUUACCCGGGAUCGCGUUAAAGAUCUUCCUCAUCCUACUACCGAAAAUCUUGAUGGCGAUGUCUAAAUUCGAAGGAUUUCUAAGUAAAUCGCGACUCGAGAGGAGAUCCGCUUCGAGAUACUAUCUUUUCAACUUCGUGAACGUGUUUCUCGGUAGCAUUAUCGCCGGGGCCGCAUUUGAACAACUAAAUACAUUUCUAAAUCAAUCCGCAAAUCGGAUUCCGGAGACGAUUGGCAUCGCUAUUCCGAUGAAAGCAACCUUCUUCAUUACGUAUAUAAUGGUUGACGGGUGGAGUGGUACCGCCGGAGAGAUUUUGCGGUUGAAGCCGUUGGUAAUCUAUCAUUUGAAGAACAUUUUUCUAGUUAAAACCGAACGGGAUCGAGAAAAGGCUAUGCAUCCCGGAACCAUCGGUUUCAACACCGGAGAACCUCAGAUUCAAUUCUAUUUUCUCAUCGGCCUUGUUUACGCCGUGGUGACGCCACUUUUAAUCCCGUUUAUCUUGGUUUUUUUUGGCCUGGCUUUCGUUGUUUUUCGUCAUCAGAUAAUAAAUGUAUACAACCCGAAAUACGAAAGCCGAGCAGCGUUUUGGCCGGAUGUCCACGGACGUGUGAUCACCGCGUUAAUUAUAUCGCAAGUUCUUUUGAUGGGUUUGUUGAGCACGAAACAUGCGGCUGCUUCAACUCCGGUUCUCCUUGCACUUCCAGUUCUCACCAUCGGUUUCCAUAUGUAUUGUAAAGGCCGGUUUGAACCCGCGUUUACCCGAUAUCCGUUGCAGGAAGCCAUCAAUAAAGACACUCUCGACCGAGUAAGGGAACCAAACCUAAACUUGAACCUAAAAGGAUACCUUGAAAACGCUUACAUCCAUCCCGUUUUCAAGGAUGACGAUUUUGACGAUGAAGAUGCGCUCCAUUUGGACGACAGGGCGACGAUGGUCCCCACCAAAAGACAGUCCCGUCAAAACACACCAACGGCUAGCAAAACAAGCAACGCUUCAGAGCCGUCACACCCAGAGAUCAUUGAAGAAAAGCAUAAACCAUGAAUG